GAUAAAUUGAAAGACAAUCACUAAAUUACGUAUUUUCGUCUGCUCUCUAGAUUCCAACAAAUUUUGACAGUUACGCGCAAAUAUUUAUGAUAAGUCCAAGAGCAUUGCGUCUAUUAAUUUACAGUCUUGGUGUCCUUUUAUUGAUUUCGUUGAAAGUUGUAAUCGUUGACACCCUUGGAAUGUCGACUUUGGUGGCCUUGGAUUUCGAAGUUUAUGGAACAGUCCAGGGUGUCUGCUUCAGAAAGUACACUCAAAGAGAAGGAAAAAAAUUAGGAUUAUGUGGAUGGUGCAUGAAUACAGAGCGAGGGACAGUUGUGGGACAAUUGCAGGGAGAAAAAUCAAAAAUCGAAGAAAUGAAACUUUGGCUGCAACAUAAGGGAAGUCCGAGUUCCUCCAUCGAAAAAGCAGAUUUCCGAAACGAGAAGGAAAUUCCCGAAUUAACCUUCAAGGAUUUUACCAUUAGAAAAUAAAAAAUCUAAAAAAUUUUUUAAAAUUAUUUUCGAAUAAUGUCUUUGCUAACAUCGAGAUCAUAAAAAAAAUUUAUUUAUUUUAGAUUU